GCCCAUGCUACCAAUCCAACACACAAAAACCUCCACCUCAACCCUCUUUCAUUGUCGCUGCUGCAAUGACUAAUUCCAACCAAUUCUUCUUCUCUCUCUUCAUUCUCUCUCUCCUCCUGCUCUCCUUCUCAUCUAAUUCUCUCUCCUCCUCCGCGGAUGUCCCUCCAUCCAGUCCUGUCUCAACCGGUACCAUUUGUAGUUACACUCCUUACCCUUCCUUCUGCAGAACCCAGCUCCCCAAAAACAACUCAGCUAACGUCUACGACUGCGGCCGCCUCUCCGUCCGUAAAUCCUUGUCCUCCGCUAGGAAAUUCCUCGCUCUGAUCAACAAGUACCUCAGCCACUCUUCCUCUUUGACACCUGCAGCCGUUGCCGCCCUCAACGACUGCGAGCUCCUCGCCUCGCUCAACUUGGAUUACCUCUCAAGUUCUCUCCAAACAGUCUCCAACACUUCUUCCAGUCCUCUCAAUGUUUUGAAAGCCGAUGAUACACAAACACUUCUCAGCGGCAUCUUAACAAACACCCAGACCUGUUUGGACGGGCUCCAAGCCACGGCUUCGGCUUGGAGCUCGAGAAAUGGCAUUUACGCCCCUCUCGCAAACGAUACAAAGUUGUUUAGUGUGUCUUUAGCGCUUUUCACAAAAGGGUGGGUUCCGAAAAACAAAAAGGGGACGUUAAAGCAUGGAACUAAGAAACAUCUACCGGUAGUCAAUGGUACACUGCCAUUGAAAAUGUCUGGCCAUCAUAAGGCGAUUUACGAGUCGAUGAGAGGGAGGAAACUGCUGCAAUCGUCGAGCAGUGAUGGGGCGGUUUUGGUGAGUGAUAUGGUGGUUGUGAGCCCUGAUGGGAGUCAGAACUUCACAACCAUCAGUGACGCGGUGGCCGCGGCCCCGAAUAAUACUAACGGCAGCACUGGUUAUUUUUUGAUAUAUGUCAAAGCCGGGGUGUAUGAGGAGUACGUGUCGAUUCCGAAGAACAAGAAGUAUUUGAUGAUGAUUGGUGAUGGGAUCAAUCAGACAAUUAUCACCGGCAACCAUAGUUUUGUUGAUGGGUGGACCACUUUCAAUUCUGCUACCUUUGCUGUGGUUGGACUUGGAUUUGUAGCAGUGGACAUGACAUUCCGCAACACUGCCGGAGCGAUCAAGCACCAAGCCGUGGCCGUUCGAAACGGCGCCGAUUUGUCCACGUUCUACAGCUGCAGCUUCGAAGCAUACCAGGACACCCUCUACGCCCAUUCCCUCAGGCAGUUCUACAGAGAAUGCGACAUCUACGGCACAGUGGAUUUCAUAUUUGGCAACGCCGCGGCCGUGUUCCAAGACUGCAACAUGUACCCACGGCUCCCACUACAGGGGCAGUUCAACGCCAUCACAGCACAAGGCCGAACAGACCCGAACCAGAACACCGGUACUUCGAUCCAGAAUGCUACUAUCAAGGCCACCGAUGACUUGGCCGCGGCCAAUUUUACUGUCCAGACAUUUUUGGGUAGGCCGUGGAAGUUGAAUUCGAGGACAGUCUAUUUGCAAUCUUAUAUGGACGGAUUGAUUGACCCAGCGGGUUGGCAUCCAUGGGACGGAGAUUUUGCCCUGAACACGUCGUACUAUGCCGAGUUUGAUAACAGAGGGCCGGGAUCGGACACGAGUAAUAGAGUUACAUGGCCUGGUUACCACAUUAUUAGCGCGACGGAUGCGGCCAAUUUCACCGUGUCUAAUUUCUUAGUCGGGGAUAGCUGGUUACCCCAGACAGGAGUGUCAUACACUGAUGGGUUAGUAUAAGGACAAACCUUAGGUCUCUUGAUCUUUUUGCUUCAUAUAAUUCUAAGACAAAAUGUGAUAUAAAUUAUUUUUUGCGAUGUAUUUCACAAAGCUUAGCGAUUCAAUUUGAAUAAAAAACCGUGAUGGGCCCUAUUCUAAUUCAA